AUGGGUUUAAGAAAUAUAAGUGUUUAUUUAAUUGUCAGUAUAGUCUUACUAAUGUUACCGAUAAUAAACGCGGUUCGAUAGCAUUACACAAUUUGCACAUUGGAUGUCUAUUAGUGCCGCAUCUAAAUUUUGCUUGAAAAUCAUCAACUAUGGAGACCGCCAAAGUUUUGGAAUGGGCUGAUUACCUGGUUAUCACAUUAACAAUAGCUAUCAGUGUUGGAAUCGGAAUUUAUUAUCGGUUUGCUGGAGACAGACAAAAAACAUCCGAGGAAUAUUUUUCAGCAAACAGAUCAAUGGGACCGAUAGCAAUUGGUAUUUGCUUAAUGGUAUCGUUUAUGUCUGCAAUAACACUUCUAGGAAUGUCUGCUGAAAGUUACGAUUAUGGAACUCACUUUAUUAUUAUUAAUAUUAAUUACAUUAUAUCUACACCAAUAAUUUGUUAUGCAUUUUUGCCGGUGUUUUAUAAAUUACAAGCGACAAGUACUUAUGAGUACUUAGAAAAACGUUUUGGAGUACACGCAAGAUUAUUGGCAAGCUUCGUUGUAUGGCUCCAAAUGUUAUUGUACUCAGGUGUUGUACUCUACGCACCGGCAUUGGCUUUUGAAACAACAACUGGCUUAACAAGAAUGACAAGUAUUCUAUCAGUUGGAUUAACUUGCGCUUUUUAUUCAAGUAUCGGAGGGAUAAAGGCUGUAUUAAUAACAGAUAUUUUCCAAGCGGUUUUGAUGUUUGCUUCGUUAAUCGGUGUAAUUGCCGUAGCUACUUAUUCAGCUGGUGGCCUCGGUGCAAUAUUUGAGAUUGCAAAUCAAGGAGGUCGAAUAGAUUUGUUCAACUUCUCUAUUGAUCCUACCGAACGUCACACGUGGUGGACUCAAAUAAUAGGAGGGAUGUGUACAUUUUUAUCACUUUACGCGGUAAACCAAGUUCAAGUUCAACGAUUUUUAACAGUCAGGAGUUUAAAAAAAGCACAACUAGCAAUGUGGUUUUGUUUACCUAUUCUCAUAAUUCUUAAUUUAGCAACGAGUUUAUCUGGAUUAGCUAUUUAUUCAAAGUAUUUUAAAUGCGAUCCAAAAACUGCCAAAAAAAUAGAUAAAUCAGAUAUGUUACUGCCAUACUAUGUUAUGGACUCAAUGUCUGCGAUACCAGGCUUACCUGGUUUAAUUGUCGCCGGUGUAUUUAGCGCAGGAUUAAGUACCAUAUCAGCAGCAUUAAAUUCUCUCGCCGCUGUUACUUUAGAAGAUUAUGUAAAACCGUUAUACUCAAAAUGUACAAAGAAACAAUUGUCACCGUCAACAUCAUUGUUAUUGGGAAAAUUUUUGGCAUUCAUUACUGGAUUUUUAUGUAUAGCUCUUGCUGUAAUUGCUCAACAUUUCAAAAAUAUUCUUCAAACUAGUUUAACAAUAUUCGCCGCUGUUGGUGGGCCACUCUUGGGUUUGUUUACCCUUGGUAUGUUAUUUGAGUCAGCAAAUCAACGCGGUGCUGUCUUUGGUUCAACACUAUCCCUUAUGUUUUCACUAUGGAUGUCAUUUGGUAAUCCACGUCCAGUUGCGCAGGGAUUACCUGUUUCCAUUGAAAGCUGCAGCAAUGAAACGCUGUCUUCUCUUUACAAGGAACUCGAAAUGGAACAUAUAACACUACAAGAAUAUUUACAUCCUCCUAUUCCCGACAAAUCUCAAUUUUUGUAUCUUUAUCGAAUCUCUUACAUGUGGACAGGACCGAUCGGUUUUUUCAUAACUAUUGUCAUAGGCUUGGUCACCAGCAAGUUGUCGGAAUGCUUCGGAUUAGAGAGUCCGAAAAAUAUUAACCCAGAUCUCUUCUUCCCUUUCAUAGCCAAGCGCAUUCGUAAGAGGCUUCAGACUGAUAAUGGAGUGACUGCACAUAAAUAUGAAUUUGAAAGUAAAACGCGAUGUAAUACUGCUACCACGCACAUGUAAUUUAAUUUUAUCAUUAUUUUAAUAUUCAUCAUUGCCUUUCACAAUAAUUUUUUUACGUGUUCUGUUACAAUUAUAUUUAUUAAUUAUUGUUUUCCAUCAAAGUACAAAAGUACAGAGCUAUUUUUCUCUUAAAUUAUCUCAAUAAUUUUAACACCAGUUUUAUCUUAAAUCUGGAUAGUAUUAUGAAAAAUAAUGUUGUUUUCCUUAGUGAUAAUCGUUUUGUUUUUUAUUGUAAUUUCUGUAAUAAAAUUGCUUUAGCCUUAAGGCAAAUGUCUAGUACGCUAAUAUAAACAUACUGGUGCUUUGUAUGUUGUAAUGAAUGCCUAAAACUAUUAGGGCGUCUUAAUCUUGUAUAAUGACAAUAAUGGUCAGUUACUUUAACAAAUUUUAUUAAUGUGCGUAUGAUACCUCGUUUAGUACUUAAAUUACAGUUAUAAUUUUAAACAAAAUCGCUCAACUUAGUAUUCUUAGGUUAAUCUAUGUGGUAUUUUAAUAAUAUUGUUAUAUUUAUGAUUGAAAAAUUUAAUGGUUGAUUAGAAUGGUGAAAAAAUUU